CACUGUUGCAGGGGACAGACCAGGGCACAACUGGAUCUCAGCCAUAACCCUAAGGGCGUCAAGUCGGUUCAGAGGGUUAUGGGUUAUGGUGGGCUUGGCCGCCCAGAAUCAAAUUUCCCAAUGUCGCGAGAUCAUACGGUAUCAUUGUAACGUAUUAUUUCUUGCCGGUCGCGACUCACUCAAUCUCAAUUUUGUCCAUCGUUGCUGGACGCAGUUGCAGUCAAGCAAAUUCCCACGACCUGCAUCUCAGUGCAUCGCACCGCAUCGCAUAGCAUCGCAUAGUGCUAUACUGCGCUUGCCGCUCUGGGAAUCACGAUGAACGGAAUGAGCGGGUCGUUCCCCCCGCCGGGCGCUGCCUGGCAAGAGGCUCGCACUGCCGAUGGCCGCAUCUACUACUACAAUUCUGUGACCAAGGCCACGCAAUGGACUAAACCAGAGGAGUUGAUGACUCCCGCCGAGCGCGCGCUUGCGAAUCAACCUUGGAAGGAAUAUACAGCUGAGGGCGGUCGGAAGUACUGGUAUAACACCGAGACAAAGCAGAGCUCAUGGGAGAUGCCAGAUAUCUAUAAGCGCGCUUUGAGCGGCGGCGAGGCGACGCCAACUACUCCUGCCACUCCUGCCACCCCAUUCCCUGGCCCUGCCGGUGGCCAUCAUGGCGGAUAUGGAGGUGCCGACCAUCACCGCGAUAACCGUGAACCCAUGGGUGAGUCGCGCCAGCUGACAUACGGCAACAACAUUCAGGCUCAGGCCUUUGUUCCCGCGACCAACGAUCCCGAAUAUGCGACUGCCGAGGAAGCCGAAGCCGCCUUCGUCAAGCUUCUCCGCCGCAGUGGCGUCCAGCCUGACUGGACCUGGGAGCAAGCUAUCCGAGCUACCGUCAAGGACCCCCAGUUCCGCGCCAUCAAAGACCCCAAGGACAGGAAAGCGGCAUUUGAGAAGUACUGUCACGAUGUCAUUGCUCAAGAUAAGGAGCGUGCAAAGGAGAGACUGACCAAGCUGCGUGCCGAUUUUGCGACCAUGCUGCGGAGCCAUCCCGAGAUCAAGCACUACACUCGCUGGAAGACGGCCCGCCCCAUGAUCGAGGGCGAAACCAUUUUCCGCUCAACCAGCGACGAAAACGAGCGCCGCCAGCUCUUCGAAGACUAUAUUGCCGAUCUCAAGAAAGCCCAUAAGGAGCAACAGGUCGCAAUGCGCAAGAGCGCCAUGGACGGCUUGAUCGAGCUGCUCCCGACCCUGAAUCUCGAGCCCUACACCCGUUGGUCUGAGGCCCAAGGUACUAUCCAGAAUACCCUGCCCUUCCAAAAUGACGAGAAGUACAAGUCCCUCAGCAAGUACGAUGUCUUGACUGUCUUCCAAAACCACGUCAAGGCAUUGGAACGUAAGUUCAAUGAUUCUGUACAGGAAGAAAAGAACAAGAAGUUCCGGCGCGAACGCAAGGCCCGCGACAACUUUAUGGCCCUUCUCUCCGAACUAAGAAAGGCCGGCAAGAUCAAGGCUGGUACGAAAUGGACCCAGAUUCACCCGCUCAUCGAGAACGACGAGCGCUAUAAAGCCAUGGCUGGCCAGCCCGGCUCAACAGCUAUGGAUCUAUUCUGGGAUGUGGUGGAGGAAGAGGAGCGUGCGCUGAGAAGCACGAGAAAUGAUGUUCUCGACGUCAUUGAUGACAAACGUUUCGAGAUUACUCCAAAGACCACGUUUGAAGAAUUCGAGUCAGUGCUCAGAAGUGAUCACCGCACAGCUAACAUUGAACGCGAUGCCUUGGAGCUUAUUUUUGAACGGUCCCAGAAGCGGGUCAAACGCUCGGACGAGGACCGCCAGGCGGACCGUCAGCAACGCCGUGCGCUGGACGAGUUGCGUGCGCAUAUGAAGCGGAUGGAGCCGCCAAUCAACGUCAAUGACACUUACGAGCAGGUCAAAACCCGUCUUGCUCAUGUCCCCGCCUUCCAGGCCGUAACCCCUGACGAAGCCCGCCGGGGCGCCUUCGAAAAGCACAUCCGCCGUCUUAGGGAGAAGGAAGAGGAGGCCGAGAAGGAGCGCCUGCGCCGCCGUGACCGCCCGGACGGCUAUCGUGAUAGAGGUGAGCGAUCUCAUCGCAGUACUGGACGUUCUGCUAGGAGCCGCAGCCCAGAGCACAACAGCUAUGAGGCCGAGCGUCGCCAUGCCGUGGCCGAGCGCGAGCGCAACUACCGCAAAACCAGCGGCGCCGCUGAUGUUUUGCUGUCCGAUCGCCGGUCCGUGACCCCUCACGUCGACUCGCUGCGGGAUCGAGACCGGGACCGGGAUCGCGGUCAUGAUCGCGACCGUGAUCGGGAGCGAGAUCGGGAGCGUGACCGUGGUCGCGAUUACCGCGAUCGUGAGCGUGAUCGUGACCGCGAACGCGAUAGGGAGCGAGACCGUGAACGUGAGCGCGACCGCGACCGCGACCGCGACUACCGCGAUCAUCGCGGCCCCGAUCACCGGCGCGACGACUAUGACCGUCGGGCCCCGCCGCCCCGGCUUGCCGACGAGGCCAACCACUACGACCGCGAGCGUCGCAGUCGCGAGGAGGACAGGGAACGCAUCUACCGCAGGCGCAUCCUCGAGCGGGACGUCGACGAGCUCCCCUAUGGCGACGAGUCCAGCACUGCGGCCUCGGGUAGUGCAGGACGGCCCGGCUCCUCCUCGCGCCGCCCCCGCGCCGAGGACGAUGACCAUGACAGGCGAGACGGCGCUGCCCGUCACGCCGCCAAGCGCGUCAAACUCGAUGAUCGCAGUGAACGAGCUGAGCGAGGUGAGCGUGACCGGCCCCCCAGCAGUCGAGGCACUGCUGCUGCUGCUGCUGCUCCUGCUCGUACCCCGCAGCAUCAGAAGCAGCAGCAACAGAAGGAAAAGUCGCCCAGUGUGCGGGCCGGCAGUGAGGAAGGAGAGAUUGAGGAGGAUUAAACCCAACAACAAACAGCCAAACCAAGAACGAGGAGCACAGGUAUCCGGUGUUGAAACGAUGUUUUUGUUUGGGGAUUCUUUGUCAACGUACGUUACCCAUCUGCAACCCUUACUCAUGUCACCCAUAGCUGUCGAAGCCAGGAUUGGCUUGGCGCCGCUGGUAGGCUCCUAUCUGCCCACCCGUAACAUAAUACUGUAGUUAUAAACGGGAAGUCUGGUGUACCAAC